AUGCAGAAAAAUAGCUGCAAGCAUUACCUGUGGGGGUCGCAUCUCAUAACACCCGAUUGCAAGGGAAAGAUAGAAAAUGCUCCAGCAAUUAAGCCCACAUAUCAGAUAAAAAGGGCUGUAAGGCUUACCAAUAUUGAUGGACAGACCUUGAUGGUACUUUAUCUAGAAAUAUUUGAGAGAGAAUGGACAUGCAGUGACAAAGAGCAUACAUAUAUAGGAAACCAGGAGUAUAUUGUAGAACCCUACACCCCUCUCCACUGCUCAUGGUGCCGCCGCCACAACCAAAACAGCUGGUGCUCGCCGCAACAUCUGCGGACGCGGGCGUGGCCACCUGGGACCUCCGCACCGGCGCGGAGGACAUCCGCCUCCCGCCCUCGGUCGCUCGCCUCGGUCGCUGACCGCUUCCUCGCCUCCGCUCAGGCUCUUCCCGCUGGCGGUAACUCCGGGAUCAUCCACUUCUACUACUGGGACAAGCCGCAAGUGGCCGUCAAGAGCUUUCCUGCUGAGCGGAUCCGCGCACUUAUCGCCGAUCAGGAGGGGAGCUACCUCAUCGGUGGUGGCAGCAAUGGCAAUAUGUUCCUUUGGGGGUUUUCUCUCAAGCUUGUGUCAAUAUUUGACAUGUUUACUCAGGUGUAUUUUCACAGGUGUCUAGUAAAGAGCUUCUCCACACAUGGCAUGCGCACUAUCGUGCUGUUAGGUGCCUCGCGCUGUAUGACUAGUCUCAGGAUCAGAGGAUGGGAGUAUCCAAGUUUGGGAUCUCAUCACAUUUGGAGUUUAUCCGAGGGUAGGAUGCUAAGAAGCAUUUCAUUUCCUACUAGCAUUGGUUCUAUAGCACUAGACCCAAGAAGUCAUAUUUUCUAUGCUGGUGGUAGAGAUGGAAAAAUAUAUGUUACUGCUAUGGGUGUUGAUCUCAGUUUUCAUGUUAGUGACGAGUCAUCUAUUCUGGGCACAUUGGAUGACCACAGCAAGGCAGUAACAAGCUUAGCAUCAAGCAAAGAUGGACUUCUACUUGUCUCUGGAUCUGAGGAUGGUAAUGUUCAGGUGUGGGAUACUAGAUGUCAGCAAGUGACCCGAAAAUUCAAACACUCCCAAGGUCCAGUAACCAAUGUUCUGAUAGUAACACCAAAACGAGUAAAUCUGCCACCGCUGCAACCAUUACACAAAGUUUGCUCAGCAAAUGGGGAGGCUGAACGGGGGGCAGUAAUUCUUCCUCGGCCUGAAAAUGAUGUUCCAAUUCCUGGAAAUAAAACCUCCAUUUUUAUGGAGCACUACUUGGAUGAGCUUCAGGUUGGGUGA